GGUUUUCCUUUCCCCCCAACUACCCACCCAGGUGAAUUCCGUAUCUGAGGCGCAGGCGGGGAGAAGGAUUGGAAAAAAAGGAAAUACAGGUUAGAAGGUAUGCAUACCUGGAUGCACGGUUUGCAUCCCGAGGCUGUGAUAGGAGAACAUCCCCGAAGUUUUCUUUUUCGAGAUUGCCGGACUCACGAGAGCGAAGAAAGCAGAGAUCUAGGAGGGGGAGGAAGAGUCAAGGGAAGGGAAGGGAAGGGAAGGAGAUUGAUUGAUCUCGAUAGGAGGGGAAAGAAAAAGAUCGAUCGAUCAAGACCGGGAGAAAGCAUCCAAAGAAGGAAAGAAAGCAUCCACAAAAGAAAGGAGGGCGCAGGAGGAGUGAGAAUAACAGAGCGACAGCGCAGUCCGCAAACCUUCGGGAGCGUUGUGUGUACGAUCCGAUCCGACACGAUAGACUAAUAGACAGGUAUUGUGAAAUCGGCACGUCUUCGCAUGGAAAUCUACAUAUGUAUAAAUGAUGAUGGGGCGGGCAUACAGA